AGAGAGAGAGAUACCGCGGCAACAAUGGAGAAGGCAAAACUGUUGGGUAAAGCUAUUGUGAAAAACUCGAACAACCCCCAACUGGCAUGGAUGCUCUUCAACCGCACUCUCAUCGUCGGCAAAUGUAAUAAUAUCACCUCAUUCCGACGAACCCUCCCUCUCAUAAUACCUAUUCUGAUCCGCGCCAAUAUGCUCUCCGAGAUAGACACUCUCCACCACCAUCUCCUCCUUUUUCCUACACCCCAACAUCAUCUUUUGUAUUCCAUUGUUAAGUUCUUAGCCAAUGCCGACCAUGUUCACAAGGCCUUUUCUCAUUUCCAAUCUAUUCGAACCCAAUUCCCUCACACCCCGCCGUCUAUCAUCCUGUACAAUUUGCUUGUUCGAACUUGUCUCAAACAAAACUGCCCCAAUUUCGUUUCUUGGCUGUAUAAAGAUAUCAUUUUAUCCAAGGUUAAGUUCGAAACUUAUACUCUCAAUCUUUUGAUUGAUGGGUUGUGCGACUCUGGUCGAUUGGAAGAUGCGCGGGAGCUGUUUGAUUUAAUGCGCGCAAAAGGCUGUGAACCUAAUGACUACAGCUUCGGAAUUUUGGCACGUGGAUAUUGUAGAUAUGGUCUCGCUCUAAAAGGUAUGGAGCUUCUGGAUUUGAUGAAAAAGAUGGGUUCCGUUCCUAAUAUAGUAAUAUACAACACAUUCAUCGCCAGUUUUUGUAAGGAGGGUAACAAUGAUGAGGCUGAGAGAUUGGUGGAGAGGAUGAAAGAGGAUGGUCUCGCCCCGAAUGUUGUUACCUUCAACACUAGGAUUUCUGCUCUUUGCAAGUCUGGGAAGAUUCUAGAAGCAUCUAGGAUAUUCAGGGAUAUGCAAAUGGAUGGGGAGUUGGGGUUGCCGAAUCCUAAUGCUGUGACACACAACUUGAUGUUGGAUGGAUUUUGCAGGGAGGGGAUGUUGGAAGAAGCAAAAACUCUAGUCCUAUCCAUGAAAAGAGAUGGUAUUUUCUCAAGUGUGGACAGUUAUAACAUAUGGCUGUUGGGUUUGGUAAGGAACGGAAAGUUUUUGGAGGCUCAAGCUGUCCUAGAAGAGAUGGCUGAUGAUGGAGCACGGCCAAAUGCAUACUCAUAUAACAUUUUAAUUGAUGGUUUAUGUAAAAAUGAUAUGUUUGCAGAUGCGAGGAGAGUCGUUGAUUUGAUGAUAACUAGUGGAGUUUCCCCAGAUGUUGCCACUUAUAGCGCGCUGCUCCAAGGGUAUUGCAGGAAAGGAAAGAAAGUUGAGGCUAAUAAAAUUCUAAACGAGAUGAUUAGCGGUGGAUGUUUGCCGAAUACUUACACUUGCAACAUACUGCUCCACAGCCUUUGGAGAGAAGGUAAAAUAGCAGAAGCAGAGAGGCUAAUGCAAAAGAUGAACGAAAGAGGUGAAGGCUUAGAUACUGUGAGCUGCAAUAUUGUGAUUGAUGGAUUAUGUAGAAGUGGGAAGGUCGAUAAAGCCGUUGAAAUUGUGAGUGAAAUGUGGGUUCAUGGUAGUGCUGCUCUUGGCAACUUGGGAAACUCGUACAUUGGUCUAGUAGAUGAAAAUAGGAAGAUAUGCUUGCCUGAUUUGAUUACGUAUUCGACAGUUAUAAAUGGACUAUGCAGGGAUGGCCGGCUUGAUGAAGCCAAAAAGAAAUUUGUUGAGAUGUUGGGUAGAAAAUUAUGUCCUGAUUCCUUUGUAUAUAAUAUUUUUCUGCACAACUUGUGUAAGAGGGGAAAGAUAUCAUCUGCAUUUCAGGUUCUAAAAGAUAUGGAGAGAAAAGGUUGCAACAAGACUUUAGAAACUUACAAUUGCUUGAUAUUUGGAUUAGGUAGUACAAAUCAAGUAUUCGAAAUGUUUGGUCUGAUGGAUGAGAUGAAAGAAAGAGGUAUUUCUCCUAAUGUUUACACUUACAACAUUGUUCUUAGUUCUAUUUGUGAGGGAGAAAGAAGUGAAGAAGCCGCUUUUCUUUUUGAUGAGAUGCUGCAGAGAGGGAUAACACCUAAUAUAUAUUCCUUCAAGUUGUUAAUCAAAACCUUCUGCAGGACUGGGGAGUUCAGACCAGCACAGGACGCCUUUGAGAUUGCUGUCAGUGUUUGGGGUCACAAGGAAGUACUUUAUAGUUUGAUGUUCAAUGAGUUACUUUCUGGAGGUGAAAUUUUGGAAGCUAAGCAAUUAUUUGAAGAUGCAUUAGACAGAUGUUUUGAUUUGAGCAGUUUUUGCUACAAAGAUCUAUUUGAUAGAUUAUGUCUCCAUGAGAAUUUAGAGUGCUCUUAUGAUCUUCUUAAGAAAAUGCUGCAGAGAGGUUGUAGAUUUGACCCCGCAUUGUUCAUGCCUGUGAUUGAUUAUUUAGGUAGAAGGGGAAAUAAACAUGAAGUCAAUGAACUGACAGAACGAAUGUUAGCCAUGAGUUCAGAAGUUGAGAUUGAAAAUAAUGUUCAUAUAGACGGCAAGAAGUUAAAUCAUAGCAAAAAAUAUAGUGAUGGUGGCAGUGAUUGGCAAACCAUUCUGCACAGAGAUGACGGGAGUGCCAUUGCCAUGAAAACUCUGAAGCGAGUACAGAAAGGCUGGGGUCAGGGAUAUCUUCAAGCCCAGAAAAAUGAGGUUUUUGAUGAAUGGGAUGUUACUGUCUAAAUAUACUUAGGGUGAGGAGUCAGCUGAGUGCCAGGAAUCAAGGUCAGAGAUCUCGCUCAUUGGCUGUGACAAGGUUCCGGUUCUACUUGUUUUCAGGACUGAUGCAGCUGCGUUAUGUCAAGAACAUGACGAUAAGGACCGAACAAUGGGUGUUCUACAUGCUAUUCUUCGCAAGCAGACUGAGGAAUGCUAAAUGCUGCUAUUGAGACUUUGGAGCGAAAACCAAGAGCCAGUGGCUUCCUUUGUUUCAAGUAAAUGGUUUUUACACUUGGGUGAACUUUUAUAUUUUUUCUCUGAGUAAUGGAAAGGCUUUCUUUUAUGGACAUACAGUAGCAAACAUGAGCCACUGUUUCUACUCAGGAAAAAGAAAUGCAGUGUACUACAAAUAAUUCAAAACCUCCAUUUGUAAAAAAAGUAAAAUGAAAAAAAAUAAAAAAAAUAUACAAUCGCUUCUUCUUUGCUUUGACAAACAGAUCUUUGAGGGUAACCUUUUGUACAUAUUAUGGUACAGUAGAAGGUAUCAUCGACUGUAGUACCAUUAAAAAAAAAAA